UUUCGUUACGGAACUCAAUUAAGUUAGUUGGACAAGCAUGUUGUACCUUGCGCCUACUUAACAAAUCCCUUUCAUAUCUUCUGUACGUCUCCGCCGCCGUUGCGAAUUUUCCGGCGAAAGUAUAGGCCUAUAGCGCUUGUCCAACACGCGCCUCUGCUACAGCAAUAUAAAUAUCAUAUCACACUUAAGUGUUAAAAAUUUCUCCUUUUUCUCAUGGAUUUCUUCAAAUCUGUAUUCGCCGAUGAUCCAGAAGAACUUUCCGAUUCCGAAAACGCCCCUUCUUCUCCAUCAAAUUCUCAAUCUCAACCCGAAUCCCCAAACCCUAACCCUAAUAUUCCAGCCAUAUCAGACGCAUGGACUUUCGGUUCGAGCUUGUUCAAAACCAUAGCAUCGAAAUCCGAAUCCGUGAUGCAAAAUUACCGCCGCGAGCUCGAAGAGUUCAGCUCCGGUUUGAAAAAGGAAACCGCUACUAUCCGUGAAGUUGCUAGCCGUGCCGUUAAGGACUUGCCGGCUCGGCUUGAAUCUGGCGCCGCUGUUGCACAGGAAUCGCUCGAAUCGGUUGGUCAAGCGAUCGACAAUAUCGGCUCCACUGUAACAGAGAUCAUUGCUCACGGUAAGGACUCGAUCCUUGUUAAUGAUUCUGAUAGCGAAUUAUCUGAAAAUAGUACUAGUAGGAGUUUAGGGAGAACUAGUAGUUUAGAGCAAAAUUUGAACUUGGAUGCAAAACCUUAUAGUAGAAUUGAUGCGACGAUUCGAGCGGUUCAGUGUGAUGCGAAAACGUAUUGUGAAGAGCCAGAGGAUUCGAGUGAUUAUAACGAGUGGAAAUUGGGAUUUGUAUUGGAGGAGAAGAGCGGGGAAAUUGAGGAUUUGAUUAAGGAAAAUGGUGUAAUUGAUGAGAUUUAUAGUGAGGUUGUUCUGCAUAGGAUUGACCGGGAGAUGUUCUGGAGCCGAUACUUUUACAAGGUUUAUAGAAUAAGGAAAGCAGAAGAAGCACGGGCGAGGCUUGUGAAGAGAGCGAUCUCCGGUGAGGAAGAAGAGGAAUUGAGUUGGGAUGUUGAGGAUGAAGAUAAUGAGGAUACGGAGGGGACCAGCCGUGUUGCUAGUGAAGAUGUUUUGAAAGAAGAGAUUCAGAAGAAAAUGGAUUGUUUAGAGGUUGAAGACGAGGCAAGUAGAUCCGUAAGCGGAGAAGAUGAGAAAGAAAAAGGUCUAGAGACGAAAAGUGAUGACGGGGAUGAGAAAGGAAGUUUGGAAGGAAGAGUAGAUGAUGCUGAAUCGAGGGGUGAUCGGGGUAGUUCAGAAGGUAAGAAUGAUAACAGUGAUUUUUCAGUUAUUUCUAGCCAAUUAUCUUCGCACGAGGGAGAUGAUCUUGGGUGGGAUGAGAUCGAAGAUAUUGGAAGUGGUGAUGAGAUUAAGGUGCCCGAGAGAAUGAGCCCAAGUAAAUCUGAUUUGAGGAAGCGAUUGACUGCUGCUGAGGAGGAGGAAGAGCUGUCAUGGGAUAUUGAGGAUGAUGAUGAAACUGCUAAAUCAUGAUAAUGCUCCUUGUCUUGUGAAGUUGUUAUUUGCUCUCGGCUAGUAUUAUGGUUUACUUUCCAAGUGUCCAUUGCAGAAUAUAGCAGAGGUGGUUUUUUAUGGCUUUAUAAGAAUAAUGUAUAUAUCAUUUUUCAUUUUUUUAAAAUUUAAGCAACUGUAUCUGCCAACUGCUACUUUUGGUCUAUUCUCUCUGUUAACAGAAAAUUCAUAUUGUGCUUGGAUCUGCAUCUGAAA